AUGCUGCGUGAGAAACCUUGGAUUAAAGUCGGCGCGUCGCUGGUAUUCGCCGCCGCACUAGUCUGCUGCACGGUGUUGAGCUUUGAAGUGCUAUACAACAAGCACGACAUGAAGACUGGCAUCAUUACCUUCACCUUUGGGGCGACCCGCACUCAGCUCCCACUCCUUGCGAGGGCCCUCAUCCCAACAGCCGCGAGCGAAGUCGGGAGCGUCGCAAGCAAUGCGGCAACAGCCGCCUCCGGGGCUCUUAGCCAAGCCAACAGCAUCGCAAGCGCCGCCACGACGGCGGUCAACAGCGCCAGCACCGCGAUCCCCCGGAAUUUCUCCGUCGGCACAGAGCAAUACUGCGUGGGUUUCAGCGAUCAUGUUGAAUGCCAUCGAUUGCCGGUGAACGUUUCCGAGAUCAUACUCCAGGUUGGUAUGAACGUUCUGAGUGACCAAAUGGAAGAUUUGGGUCAUCUGCGCAGCAUCUUGGCGAAAGCUAGCCCUGGAUGGAUCCGUGAUCCUUUCAUUAUCGGCAUAGUGACGGCCGUGGUGGUCGCUGUGGCCUUUUUCACGGCUAUGUUCAGCUGGCCCUUCGGCGCCGGUAUUCUCAUGCGGGAUCUGACGUUGCAGUUAGUGCCGAGAUUGAUUAUUGGGCUGAUUUGUUGCAUCUCUUACCUCGUCCCCACGAUCGUUCUUUACCUUCUCUACUCCAAGUCCAAAGAACUCUCCUCGGAGAUCAAUGCUGAUCAGGGCCCGGUCGGCGGGUACUGCUGGGGCACUUUAUUUUCGGCUCUGCUCAUGACGACAAUGACGACGUUUGUUCACAUCUUCGUCUGA